CUCCAGUAAAAGUUGUGUCCUUCCGAGCAUGCUGUCCAUGCUUGUCCUCCUGCUUCCAGAUCCUGGAGCAACUCCGUCGUGAUCGACACUCAUCCGUCUGGACGGAAAAGAUGGUGGAAGUGAAGUCAGAGUGAAUCUCCAGUAGCAAUUAUAUGAACCCAAUGUCUCUACGAAGGAGAUCCUUACGAAGGAGACGGCUUCUAAAGACAAACCUCAGAUCUAAUUAAUCAUGUCCUCCGUAUCGAAACGCCUCGAAGGCAAGACCGUCCUCAUCACCGGCGCCUCCUCCGGCAUUGGACGCUCCACAGCUCUCGAAUUCGCACGCACCGCUCCCCAAAACCUCAAAUUGAUCCUUACAGCGCGCCGAAUCGACCGUUUGCAGGAACUCGCGACCAGUAUCACAAAGGAAUUCCCCGGAGUCAAGGUCCAUCCCGUGCAGCUCGAUGUCAGCAAUCCAGAGGAAGUGCGAGGACUAUUAGACAGCCUCCCUGCGGAAUUCAAGGAAGUCGAUGUUCUAGUUAACAAUGCCGGCCUCGUCAAAGGCGUCGCCAAAGCCCCCGAAAUCGCAGAGGAAGACAUCAACGUCAUGUUCGCGACAAACGUAACGGGUCUCAUCAACGUCACCCAAGCGAUUCUCCCGAGUAUGCUAAAGCGCAACAACGGCGAGGGCUCUGGAGACAUCAUCAACAUUGGCUCCAUUGCUGGACGGGAGCCGUAUGUCGGGGGCGGGAUAUACUGUGCCACCAAGGCUGCCGUGCGAUCCUUCACAGAGGCUUUGCGCAAGGAGCUGAUUUCGAAGAGAGUCAGGGUUAUCACGAUUGAUCCUGGACAGGUGGAGACUGAGUUCUCGGUUGUCAGGUUCUAUGGGGAUAAGAGCAAGGCGGAUGCCGUUUAUGCCGGCUGUGAGCCGUUGACACCGGAUGAUAUUGCAGAGGUUAUUGUGUUUACUGCUGGCAGGAGGGAGAAUGUAGUCGUAGCAGACACUCUGCUCUUCCCUAACCACCAGGCCAGUGCUACGAUCAUGCAUCGGAGGGGUUGAUCACAUAAAUGCAAUAAUAACUGCAAUAGAGUAACAUUAUAAAAAUAAAUUCAAGAACAAACUGCCA